AUGCCAGCGACGCACGCUGAGCCGGCCAUUUCCAACGGCCACGAUGGUUCCAACCAGCUACCGCCUCCCUCAGGGAAAAAGAGCAAGGCGAGAAAGGGUCUUGACUCAAACGAAGCCUCGAGACUUUUGGCGGCUCGCAUCUCGCAGCUGGAGCAGGACGCGGCCGGCGAAAAGGACCAAGAGCUUGAAAUAGAAAGAGAAGUCAAGCGCGCGACCCGCGACCUCGUGCAGCAAAUUUCCAAAAUGGACGACUCACAAAAGAUUGACCAUCUAACGAAGCGGUCUAGCGAACUGCUAGCGGAUAUGCGACGCUUAGAAAAGGAAAACCAAAAGAACAGGAAACGUGGUGAUAUCCUACAAAAAGAGCGUGACAUCAACCGUACUGAGCUCAGCAAGACAGUGGGACUCAAAGAGAAGCUGGAGAAGCUGUGUCGUGAAUUACAGAGGGAUAACAACAAGAUGAAGAACGAAAACAAGGAACUCCAAGCCAUUCAAAAGCGCAACACCCUAUCAUGGGACGAGAAAUACGCCACCCUGCUCUCGAAGCUCGAGGGAUAUCAAGAAGAUAAAGAUAUCCCACGCAAGCAAGUUGUAGAUAUGGAGAUGGAAGAGCUGUUCCGAGUUCGCUUCAAAUCCUUCAUUGAGCAGUACGAGCUCCGAGAGUUGCAUUUUCACUCCCAAAUGCGAACCAAGGAGAUCGAACUACAAUACCACCUCUCUCGCUUCGAUCGGGACAAAAAGGCCACCGAGGCUGAACUGGCAAAGAUGCGUCAACUGCAAACACAAGUGCAAACGUUAUCGAGGAGCGAGACGCAGCUUCGCACAGAACUUAACACGUAUAUUGAUAAGCUCGGCGAGGCAUGUAAUGUCAAGUCUGCCCUGGACCAGCGAGACGAUAUUUUCGCCAGACAACGCAAAGAGAUGCAAGAUCAGGCCAAAAAAUGCAAACGUCUUGAAAAGGACAAUGAGGCACUCAGGCGCCAAAAGGAAGCUACAGCAGCCAACAUUAUUCGAAUGGCAGAGGAGCGACAGCACUGGAAGAACAAGAUGGACAUAGCCGACAGAAAGACGGAGAAGCUUAUGAGCAUCAUCCAACAGAUGCAGCAACAGGGCCGCAAAGUCCCGUCAGCUAUGGAAUCCACGCUGGAAAGCUGUAAGAAUGGCGAGGACCCCGGCGAGGAUGCCGAAGAGAGCGAUUACUCGGAGGAUGACGAGGAAGAGGGCCGCGAUAGCGACGCGGACGACACAGAAGAGGAGACGCCGCCAAAAUUACAACCACAACCUCCGCAGCCCGGCCUUGCACCGAAUAAAGUACCGUAUGGGCCGGAGCGUCCUCCGAUACCGCCCGGCAGUGCCGCCAUCAACGGACACUAG